AUGCCACUGCGCACGCCUCGGAUACGCGAACAAGCCAAAUUCCUGCGAUCCGCCAUCCCAUACCCUCACUUCCCUGCAGGCAAAAUUACGUCCCCACCCUUCGAGGUAUAUAUCCCAUUCCCAUCCCUUUAUUCACCUUCCUUCCUUUCCCCUCCUGUUCCUGCCUCUCCACUCAUUUCCCUUCCCUUCCUUACCCUUUUCAUGAAUGUCAUCCACUCCCAUCCUCGACCUUCCAUACCAUUCCUUUCCCUUCCCUUCCCUUCGAACCCCUCAUUUCCAUUCCCGCGGAUGCGCCCCCUCCAUUACCUUCUCGCUUCCUUCCUUUCCCUUUACUCCCUUUUCCCUUCCCUUCCUAUCUCUUCCAGCUUCUCCCCUCCCGCUCCCAUUUCCUUCCGCGAACGCUUCCGUGUCCCUCCCCUCACGCUUCCAUUCUCUUGCACUAACGCUAUUCUCUUCCCCCACUCCCACCCGUCCAUUCUCCCACUGCCCUGUCCUUUCCCCCACUCCCCCUCGCCCUUUCCCCCACUCCCCCUCAUCCUUUCCCCCACUCCCCCACGUCCUUUCCCCCACUCCCACCCGUCCAUUCACCCACUCCCCCCCGUCCUUCCCCCCACUCUCCCUCGGCCUUUUCCCCCACUGUAA